AUGGCAAUGCCGCUCCAGCAAGGAAGCGAAGCGGGUGUCCAGGGCGCCCAGGAGGCAGGAAACUGGACCCUCGUGCAGGUCGUCGUCGUAACUGUGCUUGCCCUGGUCGCAUUUGGAUCCCUAGUCGGUCACAUCUUCGAAUGGAUCAGGUCGCGCAGAAUUGCCAAAGAGAUGGCAGCCAAACUGGACAACACGGUAGCUGAGCUUGGCGUUCAGCAGGAUCGAGCCGAAUCACUUGAGAAAGCACUGGGCAGACGGGAGGCUUUUAUCCAGCGCAACGUCCUCAGUGGCCCAGAAGCGUAUUCUGCCGCGUCUCCCGAGUGCUGCCAAUGCACACAGUGCACACAGGCGUCCCCGCACGAAGGCGACAACAAUGAAUUCUUCGCGAUAGGCAGCGAGGAUGAGGAUGACAACAGCGAUGGCCAGAGCGAAGCGGGCGAGAGCAAUGCGAAGUCCGAGGAGUCUUGGCCCCGAGUGGUUGGGGACGACCAAGCCGAAGCUCCCUUGCCGGUCGAGUUAGAGGAGGAUGCAUCUCGGGUGUAUCACGAACACUCAGAUUCCUCUCCGCGAGAGAGCUUGCGUGCUCAACUCGACCGAUAUUGGCAAAAGAAUUCGCUCGAAGCUCACCCGGAGGAUGUGCUGAAACAGGCUGAGGGUGGUGAACUUACCGAGGUCGAGAUUGCUGUUGCCGAGGCUGGCCAUGGAGGUAAACAAAAUGGCGACUAG